UGCAGAAAAAGUAUCUGUUGAAAAUGUUGUCGAAGAGCAUAAUUCCCAGCACAGUAAAUGCUGAUCUGCAAAAGGAACGCGAUGGGGCCAGUUUUAAUAGCGAAGAAUUUGCUGCCUGGUGGGCGGGUGGCCCAGAGCAACUGAAGUUUAAGAGAAGCGUCAAAGAGUAUAUGUACAAGGACAUCAAUUUGGAUGAACGCGCCAAUUUCCAUUAUUUAUCGCAUGAGGAUAUUUGCGAAUUCGCCGUGAAGAACAGCAUCAAUGUGGCGAAAAAGCUGCGCCAGCUUCAAGCUGAACGUAAUCCCGGCGGCAGCGAAUACUGGCCCACUCUCUACGAAGAGCCGGAGCUAGCGGGUCUGCAUUUGGCUGGCAAUCCCUUUGGCGUGAUGUAUUUGGUGGUGGUGAAAGCUCUCAAGGCCCAGUGCACAGCCGAGCAGUACGAGGAGUUUGGAAAGCGACUGGAACAAUUCGAAGUGUGUGCCGCCUAUGCGCAAACCGAACUGGGACAUGGCACCUAUCUGCGCGGCCUGGAGACCCGUGCCGAUUUCGAUCGUGACACGGAUGAGUUUGUGCUGAAUACACCAACCAUUUCAGCCUACAAGUGGUGGCCCGGCGGCUUGGGUCACAGCGCCAACUAUAGCCUGGUCAUGGCGCAGCUGUACAUCGAUAACCAGUUGAAGGGACCGCACUUGUUCUACGUGCAGGUGCGCGAGGAGGGAACACACGAACCGAGGCCGGGGGUGCACAUUGGCGAGAUUGGCAAGAAGAUGGGCUUCCUUGGCGUUAACAAUGGCUUCCUGGGCAUGAAGGAUGUCCGCAUUCCACGCAAUCGCCUGCUGAUGCGUCACGUGCAGGUGCAUCGUGACGGGACCUACGUGAAGAGUCCGGUGGAUGUUCUGACCUACUUUGCCAUGGUCUCCACGCGCUGCCUCAUUGUCCGGAUUAUUUAUGUGGCUCUGGCCGCAACUGCCACCAUUGCCACUCGUUAUUCCGCUGUGCGUCGCCAGAGUCCCAUCGAUCCCACAUUACCGGAGGUACAGAUCAUAGAUCAUGUGACUCAGCAGCUGAAAGUGUUUCCCGAGAUAGCCACCAGCAUGGCCCAUCGUCUGUGCUUCGACUACCUCUGGGAUCUGUUCAAUGUCACCUCCAAGGACAUAGACCAAGGCAGAUAUGAGCGUCUGCCCGAGCUGCACGCGCUCUCGUGUGCCUUGAAGGUCAUUUCUUCGACUGAUGCCACCAGGGGAACCGAGCGGCUGCGUCUGGCAUGUGGCGGUCAUGGUUAUCUCACCUCAUCCAAUCUGGGCAAUAUUUAUGCCCAUAUGUCAGCCUCCUGUACCUAUGAGGGUGAGAAUACGGUGCUCCUGUUGCAGAUUGGUCGUUUCCUGAUCAAAUCUUGGCGCGCUGCUCAAAAAGGAGAUCCUCUACCGCCCACCGCCAGAUAUUUGGCUGAGGUGCAACGAAAUCCCGAAUUUGGAGCAUGGACAGGCAGUUGGGAGAAUAUGACGAAGGCCAUGCAGUUUGCCGCUGCCAACAAGACGCGCCUGGCAUUCCAGAGCCUCUCCAAGCGUCUGGACAAGGGCGAAUCCGAGGAGGUUGCCGCAAGCCACACUGGAAUUGAACUUACCCAGGCCGCUGAGCUUCAUGGACGUGCCUUUAUAUUCCACUGCUUCAUCACUGAGAUAACCGGACCAAAGUCCAAGACACGCUCGCCGUCGCUGAAUCGUGUCUUGGAGCAGCUGCUGGAACUGUAUCUGGUCAAUAUGACAUUGAACAACAUGAGCGACAUUCUCCGGGUUGUCAGUUUGACGGACGGUGAUCUGAGCAAGCUGCAGACACGUUUGGAGACUGCGCUGACCAAGCUCCGACCAGAUGCGGUGGCCAUCGUUGAUGGCUUUGAUUUCAUCGACGGGCAAUUGAAUUCCACUUUGGGGUCCUUUGAUGGCAAUGCCCCCGAGCGCAUUUUCGAUGCAGCCCUAAAGGCGCCCAUGAACCAGAAAUCGGUUCCAAAGAGUUUCCACGAGUACCUGGGACCAUUUAUGAAAUCCAACCUCUGAAACGUACCCUGAACCGUAAAUAUCGUUGAUAGCCAUCAAAGUCUAAUCUGUUAAUUUUUUUAUACUAAAGUAUAUUAUAUAUAUAUAUAUAUACUGGGUUUUCAUAUGUAAAGUAAAGUACUGGCAAUUUCAUAAAUAUAUUCCCCGUUUAUUAUACAUUUUAAGAGUGAUGGUGAUCUUAAUGUUACUUCAAUUAUCUUAAUCAAUCUCGUAAGAUAAGCGAUUAAUAAAAGCGAGAGUAAA